CUGAGGCGAGAGGCGGCCGCCUACCGGAGGGCCCCGGGGCUGCCCCGGCUUCCAGGGCAUGCUGUGAUGGCUGCUGAGAAGAGGCUGCAAGAGUACGGGGUGCUUUGCAUUCAGGAAUACAGAAAACACAGCAAAGUGGAGUCAAGUACACCACGGAACAGCUUCAUGGGCUUGAAGGAUCACCUGGGGAAUGACCUUGGCCACCUUUAUGUGGAGAGCACAGACCCACAGUUAAGUGCAGCUGUGCCCUGGCCAAUGCUAGAAAAACCAGCAAUGGAUACAGUUAGUGCCGAGAAGGAGGAAAAAGAGGUGUCUGAGGAGAAUGUGAGCUCUGGUGACUCCGAGGAAAGCACAAAUUCUGAUCAUGAGUCGGAACAAUUGGGAAGCAUUUCAGUAGAGCCAUGCUUAUUAACCAAGACUCACCGACAACUGUGUAGGUCUCCCUGUUUAGAGCCUCACAUACUCAAACACAAUGAAAUUUUGCAAGAGUUUAAACCUGAAGAGUCCCAGACUACAUCCAAGGAAGUGAAGAAACCCCCCGAUGUGGUUCGAGAAUACCAAACAAAGCUGGAGUUUGCACUUAAGUUAGGUUAUUCUGAAGAACAGGUUCAGCUUGUGCUAAACAAACUUGGUACCGAUGCUUUAAUCAAUGACAUUUUGGGAGAACUGGUCAAGCUUGGAAAUAAAAGCGAGACAGAUCAAACAGUUAGCACAGUUACCAGUACAACGAGAGAAACGACUUCCCUGGAGUCUCAAAGGUCUGAAUCUCCGGUGCAAGAGGUUGUAGCAGAUGAUGGGGAAAAUCUGAGACCAAUCGUUAUUGAUGGCAGCAACGUGGCAAUGAGCCACGGAAAUAAAGAAGUAUUUUCCUGCCGAGGAAUCAAAUUGGCAGUGGAUUGGUUUUUGGAAAGAGGCCACAAAGAUGUGACGGUUUUUGUCCCUGCUUGGAGAAAAGAGCAGUCCCGACCUGACGCGCUCAUCACAGAUCAGGAAAUUUUACGUAAGUUAGAGAAGGAGAAAAUCCUGGUGUUCACACCGUCGCGGCGAGUCCAGGGAAGGCGCGUGGUGUGCUAUGAUGACAGGUUCAUCGUGAAGCUGGCUUUUGAGUCAGAUGGUAUCAUUGUGUCCAAUGAUAACUACAGGGAUCUGGCUAACGAAAAACCAGAAUGGAAGAAGUUCAUCGACGAGCGGUUAUUAAUGUAUUCCUUUGUCAAUGACAAAUUCAUGCCCCCGGAUGACCCUCUUGGCAGACAUGGCCCAAGUCUGGACAAUUUCUUGAGGAAGAAACCUAUUGUUCCUGAACACAAAAAGCAGCCCUGUCCAUAUGGAAAGAAGUGCACCUACGGACACAAGUGCAAAUAUUAUCAUCCCGAAAGGGGCAGUCAGCCUCAGCGGUCAGUGGCUGAUGAACUUCGUGCCAUGUCUAGAAAUACAGUGGCCAAAGCUGCCAAUGAAGGAGGACUGGUGAAAAGCAACAGUGUUCCUUGUAGCACCAAGGCUGAUAGCACUUCUGACGUCAAACGAGGUGCUCCAAAGAGGCAAUCAGAUCCGAGCAUCAGGACUCAAGUCUACCAAGACCUAGAAGAAAAGCUUCCCACCAAAAACAAAUUGGAAACCAGGUCUGUUCCUUCUUUAGUUAGUAUUCCGGCUACUUCUUCUGCAAAACCCCAAAGCACUACAUCUUUAAGCAAUGGCCUUCCAUCUGGGGUUCAUUUCCCAGCUCAGGAUCAAAGACCACAGGGACAAUAUCCUCCGAUGAUGAUGGCAACCAAAAACCAUGGAACGCCAAUGCCUUAUGAACAGUACCCAAAAUGUGACUCCCCGGUUGACGUAGGAUAUUAUUCCAUGUUGAAUGCAUACUCAAACCUGAGUAUCUCGGGCCCGCGAAGCCCCGAGAGGCGGUUCUCGUUAGACACAGACUACAGAAUCAGCUCUGUCGCCUCUGACUGCAGUAGUGAAGGCAGCAUGAGCUGUGGGAGCAGCGACUCCUACGUGGGGUACAACGACCGGUCCUACGUCAGUUCUCCCGACCCGCAGCUGGAAGAGAAUCUGAAGUGUCAACACAUGCACCCUCACAGCCGCCUUAAUUCCCAACCCUUCCUACAGAAUUUCCACGACCCCUUAACCAGAGUGCAAAGUUACAGUCAUGAAGAACCAAAGUUCCAUCACAAGCCUCCUCUCCCGCACUUGGCUGUGCACCUGCAGCACCCGGCCGUGGGUGCCCGGUCCAGCUGUCCUGGUGAUUACCCCUCUCCCCCAAGUUCAGCACACUCUAAGGCACCGCACCUAGGGAGGUCCUUAGUGGCCACGAGAAUAGACAGCAUUUCUGAUUCUCGAUUGUAUGACAGCUCUCCUUCCAGACAAAGGAAGCCUUAUUCCCGUCAGGAAGGGCUGGGCAGCUGGGACAGGCCAAGUUACGGGAUGGAUACGUAUGGGUACCGGCAGACUUACUCCUUGCCCGACAACUCCACACAGCCAUGCUACGAGCAGUUCACUUUCCAGAGCCUACCUGAACAGCAAGAGCCGACCUGGCGAAUCCCGUACUGUGGAAUGCCACAAGACCCUCCAAGGUAUCAAGACAGCCGAGAAAAGAUCUACAUCAACCUGUGCAACAUCUUCCCACCUGACCUUGUGAGAAUCGUCAUGAAAAGGAACCCUCACAUGACAGAUCCCCAGCAGCUCGCCGCGGCCAUUCUAGUGGAGAAAUCCCAACUGGGUUAUUGAAAGCUGAUGCAUCUUUGUGGUGUUUAGUAGUUUUUUGUUCAGCUCAAAUGCUGAAGGAGGUUUGCUACAAUAGCACAUGUGAUCUCCUUCCCAGUGAGGAGGUCAUGUAGUAUCCAUUUAUGUGAAAUACUGUACCAUGGAAUCUGUAUGUAUAGCCCCACUCGGUGGAAGUAUCCCGGGAUUGCUUUACAUUCAAACUUUUUUUAACAUUUCCUUUUUAAAGCUAUAUCCUUGGCUGGAAGUUUUUCCAGUUUGAUUUAAUAGAUGUAUCCGUGAUCUUUGAUAUUAACUUUGGUGCAUCAGGGGUUUAUAUGCAGCACUUUUUAUCCUUGUUUCAUGUUUUAUUAACUGGGUGUUUGUCUAUCAAUUGCAAGCAAUUACAAUACCUUCAGAAUGUGGAACAUUUAAUUAGACCUAGCAAACUGUUUUUUCAAGCCAAGCUUAAUUAGAAUCUUUUACAGCUUUUUAAGUUAUUUUUAUUUGGGGAACGUGGGCUUCUUUGUGCUAUAAUCAUAAUUUAUAGAAACAAAGAUAUACUACAGCACUGACUUUAUAUUUUAAACAAAGUGUAAGUUACCAAUUUAUGUUGAAAUGGGUAACACUAUAUAUAUAUAUAUACAUAUAUAUAUAUGAAUUGAUUUUCAGUAUGGCACUUUUUUUUGUUUGGAUUGUUUUUUGUUAAGAAAUUAGUUAAUUUAAUAUGGUCAAUUUAAAAGAAAGCAGAUGCAAUCAAUGGAAAAAAAUUGUUUCCAUUUUUUUUUUUUAACAAAGAAGGCAAAAGCCGUAACUGUUACAGGUUAGAGCUUUGUAAUCCAGCUCUAAUGUGCUUCUAGACAGUAGAAAUGGAGUUGAAUUUCUAGAUUUCCAUUAGCCUGCAUUUUUAAUAUGUAUGUCUUUUUGUUUUGGGGGCACAAUAAUAAUACUGGAUAAAAUAACCCUUUUACAGUACUGGCUUGUUUUUAAUGAAUCUAUUCUCAAUGCAACUUUUAUAUUUAGUAUGCUCUUUAGCUUUCUUGCUAUUUAUGAAGGCUGGCCUGAGUGGAUUCAUGUGUUGACGAUAUGCAACACUUAUUGAUAACUGCACUAUAGAAACGGUAAUGGAGGAGUUGUAAAUGGUAACUUAAAUUUUUUGUAAGAUAUUGUAUAUUUUCCAUUUUCCUGAAGGUAGUUGUUUUUUUUUGG